GUUGUUUACAAAGUGUUGAUGGCGGCCGUGGUGGUGGCGGCGACGAGACCUAAUACAAAUACACACACACCUGCCCACACCUGCUUUACCUGGCCACCCACACACCUGCGAUGGAGUCAGCUGAGGAAGAUGGCCGCUCCAGCCCGUCAGGAGGCGAGGAUUCUGACAACGAGUCCAUGAAGUCCGUUGCCUCCCGUGCAUCUCGUGCCUCCCGUGCUUCCCGUACCUCUCGUACCUCCCGUGCCUCCUCCAGGGCCUCCCGUCGCUCCAGUGUCAGCAGCGCCAAUGCCAGUGAUGAUGAGGCUGGCCGACGGUCAGGGGGUGGCAGUGACAGUGAGGUGGAGGAGCGACGGUCGGUGAUGGACAGUGAUGAGGAGGACAAUAGCGGAAGACAGCAGGCGGAGGUGGAGGAGGAGGGGGGAAAGAAAGACCGCAGCCCCCCCUCCUCACCUCCCACGGAUCGCCCCUCCUCCCCCCCAGAAGACCAGGAGAAGAAGAAGGUUUCUGAGGAGGUUUUUGGGGGCUCAGAUUCAGAAGGGGAGGGGGAAGGAGGCGAAGGUAGCCCAAGGUCGCCAAGGUCAUCCCCACGUCCCUCCCCAUCCCAAAGUCCCGCUAGGUCAAAGUCCGGGUCACGUUCAAGGUCAAGGUCGAGGUCGAAAUCUGGAUCACGUUCAAGAUCAAGGUCAAAAUCUGGGUCACGUUCUAGGUCAAGAUCAAAGUCCGGGUCACGCUCAAGGUCAAGGUCAAAAUCCGGGUCAAGAUCAAGGUCGAGGUCAAAAUCCGGGUCAAGAUCAAGGUCGAGGUCAAAGUCUGGGUCAAGAUCAAGGUCAAGGUCAAAGUCUGGGUCAAGAUCAAGGUCAAGGUCGAAAUCCGGGUCAAGAUCAAGGUCGAAAUCUGGGUCAAGAUCAAGGUCGAGGUCAAGGUCGAAGUCUGGGUCAAGGUCAAGGUCACGAUCAAGAUCCAAGUCACGUUCCAGGUCAAGGUCAGGGUCUGGAAGUUCCCGCAGCAGGUCAAGAUCAAGGUCAAGGUCCAAGUCAAGAUCAAGGUCAAGAAGCCGGUCGGGGUCACGGAGCGGGUCAGCCAGCCCGGCCAGGUCACGCAGCGGCAGCAGUAAAUCACGCUCAAGGUCAAGGUCGAGGUCAAGGUCGGGGUCAAGGUCAGGCAGCGGGUCGCCACGGAAACGCAAAGUGCUGUCGGAUUCGGGUGGAUCAGAUUCGGAUAUUGGAAAACGGAAGAAGCAGGUGAAGAGGAAGAAGAAGACCAGUGGCAGUGGGUCUGGGAGUGGAUCUGGGAGAGUGAGCGAUUCAGAGGAUGAUGCGCCCAGACAGAAGAAGAUGCCUGGGAAAAGGAGGAAGAAGGCAAUGUUGAGUGGUAGUGAUAGCGACAGCAGUGGGCCAGAGAGAGGCAAGAAGAGCAAGGGCAGUGGAGGGGAGUCAGGCGGGGAGGGGCCACCACCAGGGAGCCCCGUGCCUGGCGAUGGGGGUGCCGAGGAGGGAGCGGAGGGGGGUGAGAAAGCUCUCCCGCAGCUCUCCGACAGUGACGACGAGGCAAUCAGGCAGCAGGCAAAGAACUCGGACGAACAGUACUUUGUAAACGAUUUUGACAUGAUGAUGGCGAAGAAGAAGGAAGAAGGAGGGAAACUGAAGAGGCGCAAAAAUAAUGUAGAUAUAAUUAACGACAAUGAGGAGCAUAUUGCCAUCAUCGUUAAGAGGAUGCGGCAGGCAGCAGAGGAGGAUCGGAUGCUGAAUGAGAAACACCUGCCAGCCACUAAGAAGAUUGCAAUGCUUAACCUGGCCAUGAGUCAAAUCAACAAGCAUAAUCUCAUUGAAGGCUUCCUGGAUGCUAAUAUCCUCUCCGCCCUCACCGACUGGCUGGCCCCCAUGCCGGAUCGCUCCCUGCCGGCCGCCAAGAUCAGGGAGGGUGUGAUCAAGUGGCUGACGCAGCUGCCGCCACUCUCCCAGGACAUGCUGAAGACCUCGGGCAUUGGGAAGGCCGUCAUGUACCUCUAUAAGCACCCCAAGGAACUCAAGAUGAACAAGGAGCGCUGUGGACGGCUCAUCUCAAUGUGGUCCCGGCCAAUCUUCAAUGUCUCUGAUGAUUUCAAGAGUCUGAGUCGAGAGGAGCGUCUGCAGCGUGACCUUGACCUUCACCAGGCGUCCGGGGUCACCAAGAAGGACGAGCAACAGUUUGAUGAGUCCGGGAAGCCCCUCAGACCUGGUGACCCUGGCUGGUGCUACCGUGCCCGUGUGCCCCUGCCCUCUGUCAAGGACUAUGUCAACAGACCCAAGUGGAAGUCAGAGGUGGAUCUUAGCAGGGGUUCCAAGAAGGAGAUGAACCGGCUGGAGAAACAGAUGAGGGCGUUCCAGGAGAAGAAGAGAAUGUCCAAGGCCAGGCGAGCUGUGUCCAUCAGUAUUGAGGGCCGCAACAUGGCACUCUGAGUCGCCCAGUGCCACAGAGACCCACACACACACACACACACACACACACGCACCGACAGACACACUGGUACUUGCAUUCAAACACACAUACUAACACACACUCACAUUCUGGUGCGUGUUUGUUGAAAAUGUCACUCAGUCAUUAAAGUGCGAAUAAGGAAGUAGAUACAUACGUACACGAUGCACACAUGCACAUGCAUACACACACGCACACACACACACAACCAAUAGAACAAGAAAAGUAAAUAAUGAGUAAAAAACUUCAUUCAUCAAGAAAAACAUGGAUAAACACACACACACACACACACACACACACACACACACACACACACACACACACACACACACACACACACACACACACACACACACACAGAGGGCCUCACCUUAAGUGCCCAGUGCCACCUAUGAAUCUUAGCCUUGAUUUUAGCGCACUCAUUUAAACGAUCAUAUUUUUCGGACAGUUUAAUUUCUUAUCCCCUCCAGAACUUGUAUCAUUUCUCGUCAUAGCAUUUUGAUCUCUAAGCAUUUCCGCCCCUUGACAUUUUAUUCGCCCUUGAUUCAUGUUCAGGGUGUGUUUGGAAGCCCUGCUGUAUAUAUAGAGUUAGGUUAGGUUAAGUUAGGAUGACACUUGUACUUUGAGUUGCAUCGGUAAGAAAGUGUUUGGUGUUGCAAUGCACAAUGUGACUUGGGAGUUAUUUUUUUGAAAGCCUGUGUUGAUGUGUUGCGCUGUAGAAUUCUGGAUUGAUUGAUGGAGUGGUUCAGAUAAUUGAUCGACUUUUUUUUUUUCUUUUUUUAUGUAAAUCUUGACAGUUCUUGUGGCAGAGAUUGAAUUGAUGGGUUUGCUUCUACAUUUACAUAUUUUGGGUUGGAUAAAAUGUCAAAAUUGAAGACUGAUUAACUUGUUCAUUUUUAAAAUAGUGACAGUUUCUAUACAAAAAAGUAAAUUGAUGUUUUUUUUAUAUAUAUAUUUUUAGAUUUUGGGUUGGAAGAGAAGGUCAGAAUGGAAGAAUUGACUGACUGACUGACUGAUUGACUGAUUGACUGAUUGACUGACUGACCUUUUUUGCAAAUCUUGACCGUUUUCAUGCUAAAAAAAAUAAUUGAUGGUUUUUCUUUAAUUUUUUUUAGAUUUUGGAUUGAAAAAAAAUGAAAAUUGAAGAGUUGACAGACUAAUUGACUUCACUUUUGGAAAUCUUGACAAUUCUUAUGCCGAAAAUUAAAUUGAUGGCUUUGCUUUGAUAUUUUUAGCUUUUGGAUUGAAACGAAGAUAAAAAUUGAAAACUUGACACUAAUUGACUUAACUUUUGCAAAUCUUGACUGUUUUCUAUUGCCAAAAAGUAAAUUGAUGGAUUUUCUUCAUUAUUUUUUUAUUUUGGAUAGGAUAAAAACUCAAAAUUGAAGAUUGAUUAAGUUUUUUUUUGUGUUCACUUUAUAAAUCUUGACAAUUCUUAUGCCAAAAGUUAAAUUGAUGGCUUUUUUUCUCACGUUUUCAGAUUUUGGAUUGAAGAGAAAGUCAAAAUUGAAGAGAUGAACAGACUAAUUGAGUAAACUUUUGCAAAUCUUGACAGUUUCUAAGCCAAAAAAGUGAAUUGAUGGCUUCUCUGAAAUUCUUAUAUUUUGGAUGGGAUAAAAACUCAAAAUUGAAGAUUGAUUAACUUUUUUGUGUUCACUUUAUAAAUCUUGACAAUUCUUAGACUAAAAUAUAAUUAAUCUAUGGUGUUCACUUUAUAAAUCUUGACAAUUCUUAUGCCGAAAGUUAAAUUGAUGGCUUUUUUCUCACAUUUUCAGAUUUUGGAUUGAAGGAAAGUCAGAAAUUAAAGAGAUGACUAAUUGACUAAACUUUUGCAAAUCUUGACAGUUUCUAUGCUAAAAAGAAUUCAAAUUAAUGGUUUUUCUUUUAUGUUUAUAGCUUGUGGAUUAAACAAAGUGAAAAAUUGAAAAGUAGUGUAAUUGGUGUGUUCACUGAAAAUCUUAACUAUUUAUAUGGCAAAAAUUAAAUUGAUGUUUUUGAUACUUAUAUAAAUUUUUUGAAUGAAAAGUAAAAAAAUUAUGGAGUUGACAGAUUGCUCAACUUCUUCUUCUUCUUCUUCUUCUUCUUCUUUUUUUCUUCUUCUUGACCCUGACAAUGACUGUUGGAAAUUGUUGGACUGACUGUUGGUGUUGACAGUUAAGUUUGUGGAUGGAGAGAAGAGUGGAAGUUGAAACAGGUGAUAGAUUGAUGAAGUUGUUAUUGCUCAUACUGAUAAUACUGAGUUUUUUUUUUUUCACUAUACUUCACAAUUUGAAUGCAUAUUUUUCAUUUUUCAUAAUUUGUAUUGAGAGGAAAGUGGAAGAUUGAGAAGUUGAUGGAUUGAGAAACUAAAUAUUAAUAAUCCAGAUAGUUUUUCCUCUAUACUUCACAAAUUGAAUGCAUGUUUUGUCAUUUUUUGGAAUUUAUAUUAAGAGGAGUGUGAAAAAUUUAGAUUGAUGGAUUGAAAAACUAAAUAUUGAUAAUCCAAACAGUUUUUCCUCUAUACUUCACAAACUGAAUGCAUGUUUUGUCAUUUUUAGGAAUUUGUAUGAAGAGAAAAGUGAAAAAUUGCAAAGUUGAUGGAAUGAGAAACUAAAUUAUUCCUCAUACUGAUAAUCCUGACAAUUAUUUUUCAUCUAUACUUCACAAAUUGAAUCCGUUUUGUAAUUUUUUAGAAUUUGUAUUAAGUGGAAAGUGAGAAAUUGAGAUCGAUAAAUUGAUGGAUUGAGAAACUAAAUUAUUCAUCAUAUUGAUAAUCCAGAGUUAUAUUCUCUAUACUUUACAAAUUGAAUGCACAUUGUUAUCUUUUGUGAUUUCUGUAAAAUUUGUAUCAAGAGAAAAGUGGAAAAUAUUGAAGUUGAUGGAUUGAGAAACUAAAUUAUUUCACAUAGUGGUAACCCUGACAGUUGACUGAAGAUUGACAUAUUGAUCCCGUUUUACCAAUAAGAUUUGCAACUAGAUAAAAAAAAUAGAUAAACAAUAGCUUAAUUUGUGACACUUUAAUUACAAGCACUAUUUAAAAAAAACUUAUCCAAUUACCUAUGUUUACAAGGCUGGCCAAGGCAAAACAAGAUAGAAUAAGGGAUAAAAUACAUGAAAUAUGAUAAAUAAAGGCUGUAGGUAUGCAUAUCACAGUGAAGGUUGUGCAAGAAGGAUCAGAACCUACUUAAAGGAGGAUCUAAGACUGUUUACUGUGAGAAGGAGACUUAUACAUAGGAUUAAGUUUUCAGUGGUGCUCUUGUUAUCGCCACUAAGCAAUGUAUGUAGCAUUGGAAUAAAUUAUGACACUGGAAACUA